AUGUACGGUGCCUCGGGUGCGCUGCCAGCAUCUCGACUCAGUUCAGCGUACAAACAUACACUUCAAAGCGUUAUUGACGAGCAUCAAGCGGCGUCAUUCAAAGCAGGCCCAAGUACUCGUGCUUCUUCCAACAACAUGGCAACGGACAACGUCCAUCAUCGAAUGGUAACAACCCCACAACCUCGAAGGUCCGGUUCACUUCCAAGACUCAACCAGCAACGACAUGCAAAGGAUGCCAAACAUCAGCCCACGGUGACUAAUGCAUCUUCGAAAAUCUCAACCCAAGGACUGCAAGAAAAUCAUAAUGCAGGAACCCAUACAUCAGAAGAAAACUUCGCACAGCAGGACUAUCAGAUGCAAUUGAUGUUAUUGGAGCAACAAAAUAAAAGGCGGGUAAUGAUGGCUCGACAAGAAAAUGAAAUGGGAGGCCAAUAUGAUCCAGCUAAGGCUGAGAAUGAUAUUUGGGAUGGAGGUACGCUUCCAGAUACCCAAGUCAACGACCCGACAUCUCGAGAGACAACUCAGACACAUUAUACAAUAUCGGAAGAUGAAACAGGCAAAGGGUUACAAAACAAAUUCGCCGCAUUAGCACUCAAAACGGGUGCUCCUCGACACAUCGAGCCCUCCAGCCGUUUGGGUACCACGCAACCGGUUACAACCGCGUCAACAACGCUAUCUGAUAAUGACCGCGAGUCUCCAAACCUACGCCUGACGGCAUCUCCAGCACCAGGGCCCAGGUUGCCCAUCGUCACCUUAGCAUCACAACAGACUUUUCUCAGCCACAGCCCAUCGUCUAUAGUUCAAAGACAGAAGCAGCCCGAAAGAGCUCGUUGGAACUUUGAAGUAACCCAGGGGACGCAAAAAAUGAAACAUAGCCAUGGCUAUCGCUACAGCCCAGCAAAAUUUUCUGAGACUCUAGUCAAUGACGGUGAAGCUUGUUCAGAACCAAGCCUUUCCUCGGGACUUAGUGCGUGUGCUGCUACCCCAAAGAGCUCAGAAUACAUUCAGAUGGCUAUUUCUGAGACAGAUGAAGUCCCUGACGGAGCAAUAUCAGAGCUUCUAAGCGCCGAAGAGACAUCUCUAUUGUGUUUCGAUGUCCUUCAGAAGAUGAAGCAGCGAAUUCAGCUGUUAGAAGUAGCGAAUGAAGAGCUUAGCCGAAUUCCAACGCCUCAAGUGGCUGUCAGGGUGCAGAUCUUCCACCGCCUUGAAAACGAAGACACGGACGAAAAUAUAUACCUCUCGGAACCCGAAUGGAUGGUGAACGAAUACGGCAUUCGUCUCAGUGCCCGAUUUCUAUUAAUGGACCCUGAAGGAUACAUUGAGAAGGAGAAAGACAUCUCAUUCGUCGUCUACAAGAGUUACUCAGAAGAACACCAGAGAGAUGCAGUGGAAGAAGCAAGGAAGUCUUCAGGGCCACUACCAAACCCGGAACCGGCCAACCAGGACAUACUGCUCACUUCGGAGGAAAUGGUGGAGGCUCUGAAGGCCUUUCUCGCGCUGCAUCCGGCCUCUCGUCAAGAAUUUCCUAUAGUCAACACCCAUGACAGAUUAUCAGCGCCCUUUUUAUGGUGGUACCGCCAUCGCAGGUCAAGUAAGAUUGAAAGCCUGCCGCCCCGCCAAGCCGAAUUGGUUAAUGCGCUCGUAGGUCACAUCGAAGAGGCUUACGGAACGUUGUACGACAACAUCGACGAACAACUCAGCAGAGGCUAUGUGUCGAAUACCUCCAUGGAAUACAUUUUCCGGCCUGAGCAAGUCCUGGUCUCGUUCACGGAUGGCGUCCCUCAAGGUUACAUUGCAUUGUCUCGCCCUUAUCCUCUUCCAACGUCGAAAGGUCGACAAAAUCCCUCAGAAAAGUACUUGUCGCAAUGGACCAUAUCAUCGCGUUCAAUCUCCUAUCGUGGAGACUUCGUUCGAGUGGUACACGUGCUCAAAAUUGAGUUCGAGACGGAGACUGAGAACGGAGAGAUUGAUAUCUCGAGCUUACCUGUCAUGCCGCUUGAGUAUACCUCACAGGCAUUGCAGGAGAGGCUAAUGCGUCGUGGCCAAACGUUUUGGAAAUGUCGCGAGAAAAGACUCAUUUCCUACCAAGGCACAGGGCAAAUUUACAGUGGGGAAAGAUUUAUGAUUGACUUCGAGACAUAUACAAGCUUCCAUCCAGAUAAUCAGUACACGAAUAAGGAAAAGUUCGUACCAGAGCCAGGCCUGCCUACAGAUGGCAGUGAACCGCACGUUCCUGAGAUCUAUCUCUUUUCAAACCUUGUCCCUGGCUUUGAUUUGAGACGCAAGAAAUGGGUUGAUGUUGAGGUCGACCAGAUUCGGGACGUGGCCUGGAAUGAUCAUGCCUUCAACAGUCUGGUGGCUGAUGAAGACAUGAAGAUGCUCAUUCUUGCACUUGUCACCAACCAAAUCGAUGCCAAAAGAGGCACAGACGUUAUCGAUAACAAAGGAAACGGCCUCAUCAUGCUGCUUCAUGGCUCUCCGGGCACUGGGAAAACAUUUACAGCUGAAUCCGUCGCCGAAAUAGCUAAGAAACCUUUGUACUCGGUAACCUGCGGCGACAUAGGCACGAAUCCUGCUGACGUUGAGAAAUAUCUCGAGUCCGUCUUCCACCUCGGCAAGAUCUGGGACUGUGUUGUGCUCCUUGAUGAAGCCGAAGUCUUCCUUGAGCAACGUACUCUGCAAGACCUCCAACGAAACGCACUUGUCUCCGUGUUCUUGCGUGCUCUAGAAUACUACGAUGGGAUCUUGAUUCUUACGACAAACCGCGUUGGGACCUUCGACGAGGCGUUCAAGUCUCGAAUCCAGCUGGCGCUCCAGUACAAAAAGUUGGAGGCCUACCAACGCAAGCAAAUCUGGAAAAACUUCUUCGAGCGGCUCAAGAGCAUUGGAGAGGAGGACAGCAUUGACUUUGACGAUAUUUCGCUGCACAUAGACGAGCUGACCAAGCACCCCAUGAACGGACGACAGAUCCGGAAUACGAUCACCACCGCACGGCAGCUCGCUAAGUUCAUGGGGAAUAAGAUGGUAUUUUCGCAUCUGCAACGAACUAUUGCAAUCACGAACAAGUUUGACGAGUACUUGGCUGACGUUCGGGAAGCUGAUGUGGAGGAACAUGGUGGAAGAGGCCUGGAUGGCAGGUACUCCGACGAGUAUUUUGCUCGAUCUGAUCAGAUACGAUAG